AUGAAACUAAAACGGAGGGAAGCAGGAUAUAAUAAUGCUCGGAUUACCGAGCUUUAUUACGGUAGGCCUACGAUCAAUGUAAGUCCAAGUUCCCCUGAAGGAAUUACAAAGGCAUUCCUGAGUGAAGAUGUUGACUUACAAAGGAUCUCGUUUGACUCUGAAGGGAACAUAUGUCUUGUUUCAAGUCAGAGCAACACUUCUGGCAAUCGUGAAUAUCCUACCUCCAGUGCUAGUUCCACCAUGCCUAUAAGUGUCAAAUGUGCGGAAAGUCACUUAUCCGUUCUUGUGUCAUUUGUGACAUCAUAUGAACUGUUUAUCCAAGGAAAGGUUCAAGAUCCUAGUCUUAUAGAUGAAGACUAUGAGCAAAUUGAUCCUUUAGAUCUCGAAGAAAUAGAUCUGCAACGACAAAUGGCCAUGUUGACUCUUAGGACUAAAAGCGAAUGCCAGAGACCUAAGAAGAAUGAUAGGUCUUUUGUGACUCGUCAAAACUUCUAUCAAGGUGGAACAGUACUUUCAUCUUCUUCAAGACAAAAGUUAUAUAAUGAUAGGUCUAAAGAAAACCAAAGUUUAGAUGAACAAAGUGGAUCAAGAGCUUUGGUGGUUCAACAAUCGGACAAGUCAUAUGACUGGAGUUUCAAAGUCAAUGAAGAAGAAGAUGCAUACCUUGCAGAGAUUUGCUCGGACAUUGCUUUUACUGAUGAUCUUGAUGAUUCUUAUCAAGAUGAUGAAUAUGUGGACAACGUUGAUUAUUCACUGAUGAAUGAAGAUGAAGAAUUUCAUGAGGAAGAUUACACCAUGACAGUCGAAAAUGAAGAUCAUCAUCAACAAAAUAAUGAGGAAGAUAUGAGUGCUAUUGAAUUCACUAUUCUUUUUGAAGAUUCUACGGUACCAACUAGACAAGAGCAAAAUUAUUCUUCAGAGAUAGAACUUGAAAAGAAAAGGAAUCUUGACACAAGUAUUCUUUCAGAAGAUGAUGAAAUAUUGGAAUCAUGUGAAGAUAAAGGCUGGCAAAAGGUUGCAAUUCCUCAAAGACUUGAUACAGAUGAGCUUAUUGAUUUCAUUUCUAAGUUAGAUGUACAUGAGCAACAAGUGGAAGUUUCACUUCAUGAACUGGUGAAGAUUUGCAAGUUCGCCAAUGUGCAAUCUUCAGAAAUCAACAAUCUUCAAAAUUGUGCAAGAGACACAAGAAAAUUACUUGAUGACACAGCUAAUGAUAGUUCAUAUCUCCGACAACAAGCUGCAAUGUUAACCCAUAAGGAAGGAGAAUUAAAGAAACAAGUCAUAGCAGAUCAAAAAAGGUUGACUGCCAUAAAAGAGCAACUGAGAGAAGUAAUUCUUAGAAAAGAGUUAUGUCAAGAAAACUCAGGAAAGAUAUCUAAGAAACUUACAAAAAAACAAAUGGAGCUUGUAAAUGGGAAACUUAACAAAAUGAGAGAUAUGAGAUGUAUGAUAAACUAUUUAUCACAAUACGAAAAGUCUAGCAAUCAUCAAAGUCUUGCACAUUAUUCUGAAGAUUAUGUCCAUGAAACAGAAAUAUCAUCCUUGAUUACAGAAUCUACUAAGCAAUAUGAAGAAAGGAAGUUAGAGUCAACUUUCACUGAGGAAACAUCUAAUAACAAACCCAUGACAAGAAAAAGGGUUGUUCCUCAAAUUCUAACUCCAGAACAAGAGAUUCUUGUUAAGAGAACACAUUUUGAAAAUACACCAAGUCUUAGAAAGAGGAUAUGUGGCAAACAAGUGUCCACAGAAGGGCAAACUCAGUCUAGGCAGUCUAAUGACUCUAGUGACAGAGAUGUUGAAGACAUAGACGUUCAAUUCAGAAAUAAUAAGGACAUUCAAGACAUUAAGCUGUCAGGAGUUUCCAGAGAUAUUGAAGAUAGUUCGUUUCAACAGCAUAAAAGGAGAAGAUUUGCUGAAGGAGUCGAACCAUCUGUGACCUCUUCUCAGCCAAGCAGCUCAAGAUCUAAUGAAGACAUUGUGUCAGGAAUAGAGAAAGAAAUGAAUGAUUUGAGAGUCUUGAUUGGGGAGAAAGAUCCAAAAGGCAAGGAUGGUGAUCUCAGGAAGCAAAGGAGAGAGGGUGAGAUCAAUAUUCCUAGCAGUCAAGAAGAAGAAGAGAUCUCAAGAUUAUCAAAGGGCAUACAUCUCAGGCUCCCACAACUCAAGACAAAGGGAAAGGUAUUGCUGAAGAUACCUUUCCAUUACUGA